AUAAUGAAAAUUAAUCCUUUUCGAUUUUAUAAUGUGAUCCCAUUAAAUUUGAUAGGACAUAGUGUAAACUGCAAACAUAAUUCAACCGCUAUGCGUUCGGAAGAUACCAUAAGAAUGCUUUAUUUGAUAUUAGUGAGAUACAUGACUGUCACCGCGCUAACGAAAUUAUGUAGAAUCUCAUUGGGUUUCCUGGCGGAAAGUGCAGAACGUCGCUUUCCGCGCUACAAAUAUGUGUCACUACAAGUAUGUGAUUCUCGUGACGUUCUGGUGGAUCCUUGCAACAACCGGAAACAUCGUCCGCAAUGAAAAUAUCUGCGGCUCUCACAAUGGUAGACGUCUGUAUUUGGAAUUGGGCGAGAAGGGCAUUCUCUACGCAAAAAACGUCACCUUCGUCAGGAAUUCGCCAAGGCAGCUGGUACCACGUCUCUAUGCCGCUACCAUCAACAGCUCUCAUCAUCAGUGCAGUUUAGAGUUAGUGACCUGUCCGUCCUGCGUGAUAGUUGUUACCUUCAAGAACAUCGCGCUUCCACAUCAUUGCGGCGAUGGAGGUGUCGUGAUGGACAGUCCGUGCAGGUGCGACUACGUGUGGCUCUCAGAACCGCCCUACGAGGAGGUUUCCGGCUCUCCCUUUUGCGGAUUAUACGCACCGAUCACGUACAGAUCGAGCACGAGAACUCUGUCUAUAACUUUACUUUACAGCCAAUUCCACAAGCACGCGUUUACCAUCGAGUACACGGCGGAAAGAAAUAGACUGCAUUUGAAAGGGAAGGAAAUGACAUCGAGAGCGCCGACAAAGGGCUUGAAUGGUACCGGCGGUGGUAUUUUGACCUCGCCGUUUUUCCCGGCUCGAUAUCCUCGUGACUUGGGCUUGGAAUACGUCAUCACGUGCCCCAGCGAGGAUCGCUUCUGUCGCAUCAGGUUGUUGUUUAGCGACUUUCAAUUAGCGACGGUCUCUAUAAUGGAGUUUUACGACUGGAAUGGACAACGUUUGGACGUGAGUAGCGGUGCGCGAUUUCGGCCACCGGUCAUAGUGAGUUCUGGUCCGUCGCUGCUCAUAAGAUUCUACGCGAACGGUGGCACUGGUCUUGGUUACAAGGCCUUUUACUCUUUUGUGAUCGGUCAUACAUACGAUAAAUCCAUACAGCCGAUCACCGAUUGCGGCGGAUACGUGGAGAAUUUGGGUGGCACCAUCACGAUGAUGAACAUGGUCGGUCAAGGAGUGAAGAUCUACGAUUGCGUUUGGCUGAUCAGACCACCCAAGAAUUUCUUGCACAUGAAGACGCACAUGUAUCUGAAGGUAGUGGGUUUCGCUGACAUGGCCGGCAAUACGGAGUUGAUCAUCAAGGAAGGUCCAACUUCGGCUCUAAUGUCACUGGAAGUCAUUCGACAUCCGGCGAGUCAGUUACAGCCACUCAGACCCAGAGAACACGUCGCACCGGUCACCAGCGGAUUCCACGUGAGCCUUCGCGGUACAUUCGGUUCAAAUUCUCACUUGGCGAUCGCUUAUGCGGCCUUCAGCUACAUGGAUUGCUUUGCGGACAACGAUUUCCUGUGUCAGAAUCAUAGGUGCAUCCCGAGUCAACUGAAUUGUGACGGUUUCGACCAUUGCGGUGACAACAGUGAUGAACCAGCGACAUGUUUUCAAAAUUGGGAGAUGCAGCCACGCGAUCGCAAGUGGCAUAUGAAUAAAGCGAAUUAUUAUUUUCCGAAGAUCGAUCGAUAUCCUGAUAUGAAAACGGCUACCCUGAUAUUUGUUGCCAGUAGCCUCGGCUUGAUUAUUCUGAUAUCAGCCCUUAUUAUAUUGCUGUACAGAAUAGGAGCCAGGGCGAGACAACAAAGAGAGUUACAAUCUCGUUUGGAAACAAUCAGCGAGCUUCUAGUUUUUGAUAUUACAGACGGUGCACGGAUCGAUGAAAUAUCCAUUCCGGACGAUCCACCCGAUUACGAAGCUCCGCCGGACUAUGAAGAAGUCGCAAAGCUCGCUUUGAAGAAGGCUCGAUGUUUGAAUCGCGACAGAAUUUGUAACAGAAAUUCUUCAAACCAAUGCAACGAGAACAUGAAUUCUUCUACUUACUUGGUCGUGGAGGACGCGAGUAAUGAUCGUAGCAACCAAAGAACGUCGACAACAUCGGAAAACAGUCGACUACGUAUACCCGAGAGUCCACCACCUCCGUACAUCACACCUCCGGAAACAAUUCUAAGAAACAUAAACUUAGCUAGCUUAUCAGCGUCAAUGAAACAGAUUUGUCCUGUUCGUCGCACUUGGCUUCGACGCAGUGUGCCUCAAUUCUCUUCCAACAAUCAUUCACCUCCUGGUCCAUCUUCAUCCACGAACACCGAGACUUUUAGUGCACCUCGAAUAGAACAUGUCACUUCAGAUACGAGUAGACAAUCUGAAAAUUCACCGAAAGAGAUUCAGAUUGUACAUGAAACUCUCCAAGAUACCACAGAAGAGAAUAAUAGACUCGUUUCGGAAGAAAAUUAUGACGAGACUAUUGAAAGAGAUGACAGUGCGGACGAAAAGGAUACCAGUUGCUCCUGCGAGGGUGCGUGCGGCUGUACCAUUAGUCGCACUAAUCUGCAAGAUCUCAGCAAUACGUCAACUUCCGCGACACCGCUAAGCAUCGACGAUCGCGAGAUACCGGAGUCAGAUCAAACAGCUAUCACAUCCACGAUUGGGCGUCAAGAAGAGGAUUUUUUUACUUCAAAAAGCGCUAUUGUUAGGGUUCUAGGUUUUAAAUUGACGAAACCACUUCAUCAUAGCGCCAACUCGACGGCAAUCUCAUCGCCCUGCAAUACUUUGCGCUAUUCCUCCAGAAAGUUCUCUCGUGACAACUGCGACGGCAAGAACUCGACGAUCAGCACUUGCAACAGUUACGAUAAACUGCAGGACGAUUUCGAGAUCGUGUCGGAGACAGUUAGCAGCAACGGUAGUUACACUAGUCCCAGAACGAUGAUGAACACGCCGAGCGAGACCACACCAAAGAGCAUCGUUGGACGAAGACGUCGCAGCGAUCGACAACCCUUCAGCUGUGACCUGGACAGUUUGUACGAGGGCAUCAAGAUUCUCGACUUGUAUCUUGCGCGCAAAAGCCCCAACAUCGACCACGGACACCGACAAUCGGUUGCCGUAAUAUUGUUCGGUACUCCGAAGCACGAAUUCGCGUGCAAUCAAACCGCAUCCUCGCAACAAACGAGAAGAGAGAGAUACAUGCGCGCUCGCAAUUGGCGUUCUGAAGAUAUCUCAAAUUAAAUGUGCUCGAUUGAACCAGAAAGUUAUCGAGUAUACGUGGUUGUGUUAAUUUUCUUCUUUUUUGAUGAAGAAAAUAACAUCUGAAGAAAAUAUAAUAUUAAUUUAUAUAUAUCGAGAUUUAUUAAAAAUUAAUUCACCAAAGUUUUUUGCUUACAAACACAUUGACGCAUUAAAAACAUCGGAAACGACAUAAUUUUUGCUAAUAAUUAUAUAUAUUACUAUAAAUUUCAUUAUUUUAUUAAAUUUGACUUUAU